CUGGUAGAUACGCUUACUGGUCGUACGUACACUGUCAACGCAAAUUUAGUUUAUCUACUUUUUCAAUCUUUGAAAGCAAUUGGUUGGAAAAACGUUGUGAGGGAGACACAACACACUUGAACCUCGUUUUAUCACAAUUGGGGCAGUAGCUAAAGGCUUCAGAAGCAUUUUUCCAUCAUGUCUCAAAAAUUUCCAGAAAAAAUGAGCACAUCAUCAUCCAAUGUUAAUGAAUACGUAAUACGGUGUCCAAAAAACACCAGCAAGAAGUUCCAAGUCAUGAGGUUUGCUUCAGAAAGAGAUCUCGACUUUAAAAAAUGGUCUAACGUGAAGAUGGAAAGAGAAAACAACCUUCGCGAGUUCAAGGGCGUUGCUGAUGAGGAUCAGCCUAAGUUUGGUGCUGGCAGUGAAUUCGGUCGUGAUCAAAGGGAAGAAGCUCGCCGUAAAAAGUUGGGAAUUGUCAGCAAGAAGUACCGCCCUGAUGACCAGCCGUGGCUCUUGAAGGUUGGAGGAAAAACCGGCAAGAAGUUCAAAGGCAUACGAGACGGAGGAAUCAAUCAAAACGCCGCCUACUACAUUUUCUUCCAUGCCCCAGGAGGCCACAUCGAAGCUUAUCCACUUCAAGAGUGGUAUAAUUUUGUCGCUACUCAGAGAUUUAAGGCUUUAACUUGCGAAGAAGCUGAUGAGUACUUCAACAAGAGAAACCAGCAAAUUGAUUUCUACAAUGUCAUGUACCGAAAAAGAUGUCGUGGUGAGACUGAGGAAAAAGAUGCCGAAGCUCUUAAAGAGGAAAAGAAAAAGGGCAAAUCCAAGAAAGAAUUUUCGAUAUCUGAGAUGGAUGAGUGGAUGGAUUCUUCUGAUGAUGAUGAUGACGAUGAUGAUGGAUCUGGAGGUGAGGACAAAAAAGAGGAAAAGGCCAACAAGAAGAAAAUUAAGAAGGGCGUGGACAAGAACAAGAAGAAGAAGAAAAAGGGUUCUGACGAUGAGGCUACUGAGGAGAGCGACGAUGGAGACGAGGAGGGCAGGGAGCACGAGUACAUCUCAGACUCAAGUUCAUCUGAAUCUGAACACGAAGAGACGAAACAGCUGAGGGGAGUGGCUGAGGAAGAUGCACUGCGCAAAUUGCUGAAUUCUGAUGAUGAGUCUGAUGAAGAGCAAAAAGAAGAGGAGAAGAAGGACGAAGAGGUCAAGCAAGAGGAAGAUGAAGAGAAAGCUUCCAAACUCACAAAGAAGAGCAAGAAGAAGCCGGAGAAGAAGGAGAGCAAGGAAUCAAGUACAGAUCUCAGUUCAAACAGUGAUGAAGAGGACAAGAAACCUCCUGAGGAUGUUAAACCAGCUCUGCAGCAGCCUGAAAAGAGAAAGGCGGCGACAGACACUCCUCCUUCUUCACCUCCUCACAAGAAGGCCAGAUCUGAAGGAGUCAGUGAUAGCAUGGAGGAAGCAGUCCGACGCUACCUGAGCCGUAAACCAAUGACCACCACAGAACUUAUUCAGAAAUUCAACCGGAAGAAAAAUGGCAUAUCUGGUGAUCAGUUGCUGAAACAGAUGACAAACAUUCUAAAGAGGAUCAAUCCCAGCAAGCAAACCAUCAAGGGAAAGAUGUAUCUCUCCAUCAAAAAUUAAAUGUAACCAAUAUCUCAUUCAA